AAGUCAAACUUGAUUUCCAAGCCAAUGCUUGAUAGCAUCCUUUGUCUCCGUGACGACAGAUGGAAGUAUGUGCGGAGCCUCCUGACCCCAGCCUUCAGCGACACCAAACUGAAAGAGGUGACACCGCUAAUAAACCAGGCCUGUGACGUCCUGCUGUGUAACUUGAAAGUCUAUGCAGAUUCUGGCAAAGCUUUUGACAUCCAGAGGUGUUAUAACUGCUUCACUCUGGAUGUUGUUGGCAGCGUCGCUUUCGGUACUGAGGUGGAUUCUCAGAAGAAUCCUGAUGAUCCCUUUGUUAAGAACUGCAGAACCUUCUUUGAAAUGUCUUUGUUUAAGCCUCUCCUCAUUCUAACUCUUUCUUUCCCAUUCAUAAUGAUCCCAUUGCUACGUGUUUUUCCAAACAAGAAACAAAAGGAAGUGAAUAGCUUUUUUAUCCAAACUGUAAAAAAUGCAAUUGCCUACAGACACCAGCAAGAUGCAGCUGAGAGGCGCAGAGACUUCCUCCAGUGGAUGCUUGACUGCUGUGACUUGACUGGCUCCCUGGCAGCCGGGUGUUCCAACGUGAUCAAUCCAUCUGCCGCUCCCAGGCGGAACGAGAUGCCUCUUGCUGGCAGGGCCCCACCUGAAGAGGUUCAGGAGCCAUUAACAGAGGAUGAGCUAGCAGGCCAGGCCUUCCUGUUCCUGAUCGCUGGGUAUGAGACCACCACGAGCACACUGUCCUUCGCCACGUACUUGCUGGCUACCAACCCAGAGUGCCAGGACAAGGUGCUUCAGGAAGUUGAUGAGUUCUCUGCAAAACAUAUUGUCCCUGACUACCAAAAUGUGCAAGAGCUCCCUUAUCUGGACAUGGUGAUUGCAGAGACGUUGCGCAUGUACCCACCAGCAUUCAGAUUCACUCGGGAAGCAGCUAAAGACUGCAUAGUGCUAGGGCAGCAUAUUCCAGCUGGAGCUGUCAUUGAAACCGCAGUUGGACACCUCCACCACAACCCUGAGUUCUGGCCAGAGCCUGAGAAGUUCAUUCCUGAGAGGUUUACAGAGGAGGCCAAGAAGAAACGACACCCCUUUGCAUACCUGCCCUUCGGGGCAGGACCCCGUGGCUGCAUUGGCAUGGAAAUGGGUUUGUUGGAGACAAAAAUGACCCUGCUGAGGAUUUUGCAGAAGUUUCAAUUCAAGACUUGCCCAGAGACUGAGAUUCCUUUGCAGCUCAAAUCAAAAGCCACACUCGGACCAAAGAAUGGGGUCUACAUUCUGCUAGAAUCUCGCUAG